AUGGAUAAUGAUUGGGAUCUAUAUGCGGUGGUGAAAGGCUGCACCGCCACUGCCUCCACCUCCACCACCACCCCUGUUAUCUAUAGUAACAUGUCACCUGCUGAUGACCCUUUUCUUAGUUCUGGCUCUAUGUCCACGUUCUUAGAUGAUGAUGAUGUUGCUUCUUUUAAUUUUCCCAGCCUUGUGGAAGACAGACCAGAUGGAGCCUUCCAGGGUUUAGAAGAAUUCUGCAAGGAAUUUUGUAUCGAUCCGGCCCUGGCUGCGGCCGCCUCGGGAAUCACUGCCACCACAACAAGUACCAUUCCUGUUGGUCAACUGUUUCCGAGCCAACGCCAGAUUCAACCAACUCAAGAAAUUCCUCAAAUGCAACCACAGCAUGUGAAUUUACAGAUGGACAAUCCUUUUAUUGGUUCUUCUGUCAAUUUUCGAAAUACAAACCCUCAGACCAUUCGACAGCGUAGAAGGAAAAAUCAGCAGAUGAAAAUGGUUCGACAAAUGACACAAGAGGAACUCUCUGCUGAUUCAUGGGCAUGGCGGAAGUACGGCCAAAAGCCUAUAAAGGGAUCCCCAUAUCCAAGAAAUUACUAUAGAUGCAGCACGUCAAAAGACUGCGCUGCAAGGAAACAUGUGGAGAGAAGCCUUACAGAACCAGACAUUUUCGUGGUGUCCUAUUCCGGUGAACAUACCCAUCCUCGGCCGACCCAACGGAAUUCUCUCGCUGGAAGCACGCGGAAUAAGUUUUCUCCGGCCGCCACCUCCGUCGAGCCAACCGCCAAUAGUAAUAUUCCUCCUAUGCGUCUUCCAAACUCUUCAUUUCCAUCUUCAUCACUGGCUUCCGGGUCAAGCUCUUCUCAAAAUGCAACACUCAUGGAAGGUGAAAAUGCCGUGCAAAACGAUGACGUCGAGAUGGCGGAUGAGCAGGUUGAAGAUGAAGAUGAGGAUAUCUUGUUUCAAGAGCUGAGUGGGACUAAUGAUGGUUCUGAUCACUCAAAUGGUGGGGACAUAUUUUCAAGUGGUUUGCUAUCACCGCCGUAG